GGACUGACUGUGGCUCACCUGUUCGCAGCCAUCGCCUUGAACAGCUGAAUCGCUGAACCGAGGAGUGAUGCGCUACGAUGAUGAUGGGAGAUGAGUCGUGUCGUUCGGAGGAUUGCGACUUGCUUCUGAGUGCAAUUUACAUGCAUUUCCAUAGCAUGCAGGAGCUGACACAGCUUCCAAGGCAACAGGGUAUCCUACAUUGGCUUAACGAUCCCCGCAGCCGAAGGGGAUACGCGAAAGCCGAUGGCUUCUAUACGGACCAUGAUCGGGAACGCAUGCCGACAAGUAUACCAGUUCCGCGGGUCGAGGGUCUUGCGGUCGAGGAGAUCGACGCCAAUCUCAUCUGCUGUGUAUGCCAAAAUCUGCUCAGAGAUCCCAUCGUCCUUAGCCCUUGCGCUCACGUCGUUGGCGGACCUUGUGUGCAAUAUUUGCACAAUAACGUAUGCCCGAGGUGCCAGGAAAAUAUCACCCUUGGGUCGGAACCCAUUCCCGCUCGGUAUGCUCAGGAACGCGUACUGGAGCUUCGCCUGAAUUGUCCGUUCGGCAUGUCGUACGACCUGGACACGAGAACGUACGUGUCGCUCCGAAUUGUCUUGGAGAGUAUUCAGGGGAUUGCGCCUGGACAAGGAGACGCGUUCGAGGGGCAACUGUUUUGCACAGAGAUCAUCCGAUACGAGGACUUGCAACUUCACAUACUGGAAUGCCCGUUUCGACCGGUCCGAUGUUCCGGAAACAGCUAUGGGUGCCCGGCCGUCAUUCCGCAGACAGGCUUGAUCCACGCUCUGCAUAUGCGGUCCAUUUGUCCUGCAAGGGAGGUUGACCCCUGCCCUCGAUGUGGCGCUUCGUUGCGCUUCACGGAAAUGGAAUCUCACAACAGAACCUCCUGCCUCGGUGAGAUCGUGCACUGUGACAACGAGAACAUCGGUUGCCCUGAGAUGGUCUCCAGAGGCGAUCUUAGGGCGCACAUGGAGCGCUGUCCGUACUCUAGCGAGCUGGUCCAACGGGACCUCAAGAGAUGUUACGGCCGGAUUGAAGAAUUGAAACGUGAAAAUGCAACCCUCAGGGAGACAAACAAUGCUCUCCGACGUGAGAACGCUGCGCUGAGGGAGGCAAACGGUGCUGCCGAACGUGAAGACAAAGAGCCGAGGAACGAGCGUGGUGCUGCUCGUCGACGUGCCGUGGCUGAGUACUAGGCUCCUCCUCUUCGGUCAGGGAACAUACGAGCAAACGAAAAAAACUCCAUUCACUGAAGAGGUUGAGUCUAUAGUUAGACCCCCUUUUUUCUCUUUCUGCCUAGUACCUUUUUGGCCAUCUUCUGAGGGAGUUGUGUCUGAGCAUCAUUUAGAAAACAUGCGAACCUGUCCGCACCGAGUUUAAUGCUUUUGGGCAUCCUGUUGAUGCCGUUUCGGCAGAUGAAAGUGGAUUUACGUAUGGAUGCUGUUCCGGAAAAGCUGUGACCAUCAUGAAUAAUAGGGUGUACACUAAACCACCACUACCUGCAGGCCUCCGAAUUUCAGGUAGUAGCCUACUACCUGAAGUGUCAGGAGGCUGCACUCGCCAUCGAUAAAAUCCGUUCGUGGCA